AUGGAGAGUUCUUCGUGGGAUAAUGAGGAUUCAGGGUUUUCACAUGACAGGGAGAUGGAAUAUAUGGGUGGAAAUAUGUUAAAGCAACCAUCUCAAGCUAUCAUUUCCACUUUCACUUCCACUUCCACACCCAAUCCCAGCCCCACAUCCUCCCAUUCCUCCCCGAAACUUCUCCAAUCCUCCACAUCAGCAUCAGCAUCAGCAUCAGCAUCAUACUCAAACUCCAAACCCCCAACACCCCAACCCCCCACCACCUCCUCAAACACAUUCUCCAAUUUUCCAUUCUCAUCAACCGCACUCAAAACAGCCCCCAAAAUAUCAAUCACAACAAGCAUCGAUUCCCUAAUUUCGAUUCAUCAGCAUCGGAAUAUGGGACUUUUGCUCACGACGCGAGAUUUGGUGGCCAGUCCUGUGGAAGAUUUUAUUUUGGGGAGUCCGUUGGAGGGGUUUAUGUAG